AUGGAGAUUGAUAGAGGAUAUAUCUCUCCCCAAUUCGUCACCAAUCCUGAGAAAUUAAUUGUUGAAUUUGAGAAUGCAAGGGUGUUGGUCACAGAUCAGAAGAUAUCAGCAAUAAAAGACAUAAUUCCCUUGCUGGAGAAGACCACUCAAUUGCGAGCCCCUCUUCUCAUUAUUGCUGAAGAUAUCACUGGGGAGGCUUUGGCUACUCUUGUGGUGAAUAAGCUGCGCGGUAUUCUGAAUGUUGCUGCUAUCAAAGCACCUGGUUUUGGUGAGAGGAGAAAGGCUCUCCUUCAAGAUAUUGCCAUAUUGACAGGAGCCGAGUACCAAGCCAGUGAUUUGGGAAUGCUUAUUGAAAAUACCUCAGUUGAGCAGCUUGGUUUGGCCAGAAAAGUGACCGUCACCAAGGGUUCCACAACCAUCAUUGCUGAUGCUGCAACAAAGGAUGAGAUUCAGGCUAGGAUUGCACAGAUUAAAAAGGAAUUGUCAGAGACAGAUUCUGUUUAUGACUCUGAGAAGCUAGCUGAGCGAAUUGCCAAAUUGUCUGGCGGUGUUGCUGUUAUAAAGGUAGGGGCUGCAACCGAAACUGAGCUUGAGGACCGUAAGCUUCGAAUUGAAGAUGCCAAGAAUGCAACUUUUGCUGCCAUAGAGGAAGGGAUUGUUCCUGGUGGUGGUGCUGCAUUGGUUCACCUUUCAACUCAUGUUCCUGCUAUUAAGGACAAGCUUGAAGAUGCAGAUGAGCGGUUAGGCGCUGACAUUGUGCAGAAGGCACUGGUGGCUCCAACAUCUUUGAUAGCCCAAAAUGCUGGGAUUGAAGGAGAGGUGGUCGUUGAGAGGUUGAAGGAUAGUGACUGGGAAAUCGGUUACAAUGCCAUGACAGACAAGUAUGAGAACCUGGUGGAAGCUGGAGUUAUCGACCCAGCCAAAGUGACGAGAUGUGCAUUGCAGAAUGCUGCCUCAGUUGCAGGAAUGGUCCUUACCACACAGGCCAUUGUUGUCGAGAAGCCCAAGCCCAAGACACCUGUGGUUGCUCCCCCACAGGGUCUUACUGUAUAA